CUUCAGACUGCUGUGAGGGCAGAAAACGAAGGCAGCGGCGGGCGGAAGAUUCUGUGCACGUUUUGGUGCAAAAUGGAUGAGACACAAAAGCAUAAACAGCGGAGGCCAUCUGUGCUGCGUCACGUUCCACAAGCGGCUUCCAGACAACAACAUGACAGCAGUGGAUCUGGGUCUCUCUGUAAAGAGGAGGUGGAUACAGAUCAUCUUUCCUGGUCAAAUUCCUCUCUGAUGCUGCCAAAUCCAAGCCUUUAUCUUUUGUCACCAAGUGGAGAAAAUCCAAAGCAACCUUCAGUCAAGAUCGGACUCAACAACGGGACACCAGAAGGGAUGAAUGCACUGUUUGUGAGUGGUCUUUGCCGCUGGCCAGGCUGCGGAGUCGUCUCGGAAAAUUUCUCCACUUUCUUAAAGCACCUCCACUCUGAACACAGACACAACGACAAAAGCGUUGCUCAGUGGAGGGUGCAGCAGGAUAUCGUCCAGUACAUGGAGCGUCAGCUUGUCCUGGAGAAACAAAAACUUCUCGCAAUGCAACUUCAUCUUUCAGAGAACAGCUACUCUAACCUGGUUCAGGUAAUCAACGAAGACAGAAUCCAACUGGGGGAACUCAAAAAUCCAAAUCAGACACUCCAACAUGACUGGACAGCUAAAGCCUCCACACACCUUCUGCCAGAUUUGUUUCCAGGUAUUGAAUGCUACAAAUACAACAACAUCAGGCCUCCAUACACUUAUGCUUACCUGAUAAGAUGGUCUAUCUUGGAGUCUCCAGACAAACAGAGGACUCUAAAUGAGAUUUACAACUGGUUCACCACCAUGUUCUUCUACUUCAGACACAACACAGCAACAUGGAAGAAUGCCAUACGCCACAAUCUCAGCCUUCACAAGUGCUUUGUGCGAGUGGAAGGAGAAAAGGGAGCUGUGUGGACAGUGGAUGAAACGGAGUACCAGAGAAGGAAGGGGCAAAAGUAUCACCGAGACUGCCCAGUGAAGUGGCUGACUUCUUACUCCCAUUUCUGUUCAGAGGAGCCGACAGCAGCAGACAGCAGCACAGUGUCUCUCCUGUUGUCUCGAUGUUGAAGUCUUGUCCAAACUAUACAGUUUUGGAUUCAAAGUCAUUUCUUUUAUACGCAUCUUAUUUGAUUUUCUUAUUGUUUGUUGGCCUCUCCAUAUAUGUUAUGCUUUAAUAUAUCUAAUUAAUGGUUGGUGGUUGUAUUAACUAAGAUCACUUAUUACACAAACUGAAUCCGAAUUGUCCUUUUUUACAAUAUUUUUAUAUUGACCUGAAUUACAAAGAACCUCGACUUUACAAAAAAUUUAAUGGGCCACAAUCACAUUCAGUCACAUUCAUCCAAAGAUUAUAAUUGAAGCUGAUUGUGUUAAAUGGUGACUCCAGUAUAUCCAGUACGCUGGAUAUACUGGAUAUACUGGAGUGGAAAAAACUGCUUCAAAGCUGUUUUUUUAAAUCUGUUAUUGAAAAAUAACAUAUUUUUUUACAUGUUUGUUUAAACUGCCACUGUGGUUAUAGAUAUUCUGUGAAAAAAAUUCAAGAUCCUCUUAAAAAAAAUCAACCAAUCAGAACCAGGAGGAUCUGCUGUCGUCGGUGGCCAUGGUAACCUACUGCAGAGAGUAGGGCUGCACUUUACUGUCAGUGAAUGAUAUCACAAUAUAUAUCUUUAAAUAUAUUGAUAUCAACAUCGCAGGUUAUAGCCCACAUUCUCUGCUUUUCUUUUCAUUUUAUUCUUUUGAUUGGAUUUGCCCAAAUAUGUAACUUCACCAACUUCACCGCAUCAAUGGGAAGAUGAAGGAGGCCGGGUAUGGCAAAGUCCUGGAUGAGAACUUCCUGGUCUCGGUCAGGGCGUUGCAAAUGGGUCCUGGGUGGAUCUUCCAUCAUGACAGCAACCCAAAACACCCAGCCAAGGAAACAAAGUGGUGGCUCCAAAGGAAGCAUACCAACAUCCUGGAACGGCCUCACCAGCUGAAGCACGCCUAAAACCCUCAAAGAUUUGGAUUUGAGCUGCAGACAGGAGUGACUCUGCGCUCACCUUAUGAAAAGCUGCAAGACGCGUCUGGCUGGUGCGCUGGCCAACAAAGAUUUUGCCACAAAGUAUUAAACGAUGUUUCACUGGGACUCAAAUACUGAUUUUGUUCCAUAAAAUGCAAAAAAAAAAAAAAAUUCUCAUUUUAUGUCAUUUUCACAGUUUUCCUUUUGUGUCACUGUUAAAAUA